CUCUUUCUCACCAGGGGCCUCAGCUGGUGCUACUGUGCUAGUCGAUGUUACGUCACCGUGUUGUUCUCAGCUUUGGAUUGAUUUGAUAGUUGAUACCUUUUGAUUUUGGAUAUGACCAAAAAAGUGAUUUCCUUUUGACCGAUAACAAUCGCCGGCGGCCUUUUCUUGAAAUAGUGACCGUGUCAAAAUAUUGUAAGUCUGACUCAGUUUGGAUGUUUUUGAACGCUUUUCAAAUCGGAAUUUAACGAAAGGACGUUUAAUUUGUUCUCGCCUCGAGCAAGUCGCCUUUUGCGACUCGAGUCGAGACAAACAAAUAAACAAAAGAAGAAAAGUCUCAAUCUGAAAACGGCCAAUCAUCUGGAGGAAUUGUCAGCCAGGAGAAAUCAACAUUAAAUUCCAUCACAGUACCCUCCGAUGGUCUCUACAUUUCUUUAACACUGAAGCUAAAUGAUUUGUUCAGAUUUUUGGUGUAGUAGGUCCUAUUUGACCCGAUUGCAUUUGUACUGUAUCCACUUAUGGAUAACAAACACAUAAAAAGUGAAAAAUUUAUCACCUACCAAACCACCUUUACUUCCAAAACCAAAAUUUUUGUUGCCCCAUUCGGGCCAUGGAUCAAGAGCUGUAUGUCGACAAUUCAUUUCCAAUCCGAACCAGCAAACACGUGCUUCGACAAUUGUUGAAACUAAAACAGUUGAACAUGAAGAAAUUUCAUUUCAAAAAUUGUCACACGAUGUUAUGCACAUUACCGAAGAAGAAAAUGAGAAUCACUUUCAAGAGGAAUUUACUCUUGGGAGUUCUUACGAAAGUUUGAGCAAUUCUUCCGCCAGUGAUGUACCUGCAAUUUUACCAAAUGCCUCGUUUUUGCACAAUGAAAGCAACGAUAGUAAUAAGAUAGAACAAGAGGAAUAUAAAACCGAAAUAUCAAAUAUUUCACAUUCAGAAAGUGACAAUAGUAUUUUAGAACAAACAAUAGCUGAUAAAAGUUCUUCCUUUAUUUUUAAUAAACCAAUAAACUGGGCUAACAGUUCGUUUAAUAAAGGCCAAAGAUCUGAAACCUUCUUUGAAGCUGAUAUAAGUGAUUCUGAAGUUACUGAUUCAACUUCUCAGCAAAGUAUUGAUUGUUCUUUAAACUUAGAUUCUACUAUUACUGUUAAUUCUGGGGAAACAAGUGAUACUAGUGCCAUAUCUGUAAUAAAAGAAAACUCAAAACAGAAAGAUGCAUUUAUGAUUGCCAAGGAAUUUAUGACAUCUGAAAAAGUCUAUCUUAACGCCUUGCAUUUAAUUGUAUUCCAUUUUACUGAACAUCUGAAAACUUAUGCCAUAAAUAAUAACUGCGGGGCAGUCAUUUCGCUAACAGAUUUGUCAAAAAUUAUAACGACCUUGCCCCAAUUACAAAGCCUAAAUGAAAAUUUACUUACUGAUAUAGAAUUAAGAAUAAAGAACUGGAGUCACUUACCUAAAAUUGCUGAUGUUAUUGUUAAAAAAGGCCCAUUUCUAAAAUUGUAUUCAACAUACAUUAAGAACUUUGAGUCCACGUGCACAUUUCUCGAUGAAUGCUGUGUAAAAUAUCCAAAAUUUGCCAAAGCGUUAAAUGAAUUUGAAAAUUCCGAAAUAUGUAAGAAGUUAACUCUGAAACAUUACAUGCUAAAACCUGUACAGCGUGUUCCUCAGUAUAGACUUCUGCUUGAAAAGUAUUUAGAACAGAUCGACGAGGAUAGCACGGAAUAUGCAGACACAAAAAGUGCUCUUGCUAUUGUUGAGGAUGUUCUACACCAUGCUAAUAGUAGUAUCAAACUUGGAGAUAACCUUAGUAAACUGUUGCAAAUACAAUUUAGUUUAGGUGGUUAUGAAAUUAUCAAACCAGGUCGAGAAUUUAUAAAAGAAGGGGAACUUUAUAAACUAAGUAGAAAGGAAAUGCAGCUGCGGUAUUUUGUAUUGCUAAGUGACUGUUUACUCUAUACAACUUAUUCUUCUUCAAUAUCAGGCCUUAGAGUGAAAUACGAAUUACAAUUAUCUGGAAUGAAAGUAUAUAAACACCAAAUGGAUAUUCUUGAAUUUAGCAUAAUCACAAGCACGAGAAGUUUCACUCUUAGAGCAAGGACUGAAGAAGAAUGUGCUGAUUGGUUAAACGCACUACUCUCUGCUAUAAAAGAAAAUAAUCAGAGGCAGUUGACGUUUUUAAGUAUGAAGUGUAUGGAUAAAUCAAUAACUUUUGAAACCCUGAAAUUGGGCAAAGAGGCGCCAGUAUGGAUUCAAGACAAAAAAACCACCAUGUGUCAGAUCUGUACAGCUGAAUUUACAGUCACUUUCAGACGACACCAUUGCAGGUGUUGUGGAAAGGUUGUUUGUGGAACUUGUUCAAACAAUAAAGCACCUCUACAAUAUCUAAAAUUUCAAUCUGCCCGAGUGUGUGAAGAAUGUUAUGAUUAUUUGCUCAAAGAAUUUGAAGAUCCGGCAAAUAAAAUAUUUGAAAAUGUCAAAGCAGAAUUACAAUUGAGUGAUGACGAAACUGCAGUUACACUUGAAAAUCUUAAAGCUUCAUUUAAAAAAUUUGACUGUGCGAAAAAAACAAAGAAAUUUAUACCCCAAAGGUUAAAAGAGGUUACAGCUAAUGAUACCGGCUCCCAAAUGAGUGGCUGGCUUUAUAGAAAAGGAAAAAGAGGAUGGAAGCGACAGUGGUUUGUUUUAAAAGAAAAAAUACUCUAUGUUUACAAGGCUUCACAUGAUGUUGUUGCAUACCAAAGUAUUCCUGUUCUUGGUUACACAAUUGAUCAAUCUUCAGAAGUUGGCAGUGAAGAAAUUGAUUCCAAUUUGGUAUUCAGCUUGAAUCAUCCUGGCCAGUCAUCACUUAUAUUUUCCUCACCAAGUAAACAGACUGCUGAAAUGUGGAUCACUGCCCUUAAAGAAGCUACAAUUUUAAAGUAAUAUAUUGACUCAGUAAUAAAAUUUUAUUUAUUGUUUUAAUUGCACUUUCACUUUUUUAUUAUCAGAUCAGCUAUUGUAAUUUCACUUUUUACAACCAUGAAUUGAUAAUUUUGUAUAAAUGUGUAUAUUUUUGUUUAUAAUCGUUAAUGUAUGUGUUAGACAUUAAAUAUAUUCGAAUAUUUUCAGUA